AUGCGCUACUCUUUGAUCAAUGGGUUUCUGCUUUUGGCAGUUUCGCCAAUGACCUCCUUGGCCUUGCCAGUGGACCCCAAUGACCAAUCUGGAGUCUGGGACCCCAGUGGACAGUACCGCAAGGGCCAUUACGAGAACGGCCAGUUUGUUCCUAACGCCGGCUCAAACUACAACAAUGGCCAAUACAACAACGGUCAAUACAAUAACGGUCAGUACAACAACGGCCAGUACAACAAUGGUCAGAACACGAAUGGCCAGUACAACAAUGGCCAAUACAACAACGGCCAGUAUAACAACGGCCAAGACGACAAUGAUGAGUACACCAAUGGCGAGAACAACCGCUACCAGCGCCGUGGCAGAAUUGGUCGCCCAUUCGGCAACGAUCGCAACCGUGUUGGUGUUCCUGAUGUCGGUGUCCCCGGCGUCGGUCUUCCCGGUAUUGGCCUGAAGGCUCGCAACUGGCCUUCUGAUAACACCAACAACAACCAGAAUGGUUGGACCGAUGCGAACGGCCAAUGGCACUCCACCACCAACUCCAACAACCAGAACGGCUGGACUGAUGCGAACGGCCAGUGGCACUCGAACAACAACCAAGAUGGCUGGACUGAUGCCAAUGGUCAAUGGCACUCUGACAACAACCAGAAUGGUUGGACUGAUGCGAAUGGCCAGUGGCACGCAAAUGCCAAGCGUGGUCUCCCUGCUGUUGGUGCAGCUGGUCUUCCCAGCGCUGGUGUCCCUGGUGUCCGAGGCACUCCCUCUAUCCCCGGUAUCCCCGCGAGCGGUGCUGGAGUGGGCGCCCUUGGUGCCGAAACUGGAGCUACCAACCAUGGCGCUGUGAACGGCGCUGCUCAACUCAAUGAGCCCAACAACCGCCACCCUGCUCAAUCUGGUGCCUCUGGCUCUGGUCUCUAUGUCCGCUGGAACCGUCCUGAGAACAACAACGACGACUACAAUGACAACUAUGACAACCGGAACGAAGACUACUACGGCAACGGUAAUAACCGCGAGAGCGAGCGUGAGCACGAGCAGGACCGUGAAGAGGACCGCCAGGACGCCGCUGCUAUCACUUCCGGUGUUCUCUCCAACCUGAAGGCCCGCCACUAUCCCGAAAAUGAUUACAAUGACUACAAUGGCAACUACAACAACGAAAACCACCGCGAGAGCGAGCGUGAGCGCGAAGAAGACCGCGAGGAUGCCUCUGAUGCCGCUGAUGCCGCCACCUCCGUUCUGACAGGCUUGAAGGCCCGUCACUUCCCUGGCCAAGAGUUCCACGACAGCGAGCGUCUGGAUCGUGCUGCUGCUGAGUCCCUGACCCACGCUCCUGUCUUCGGUAAGCGCUGGUGGCCCUUCGGUGGCUGGAACCGCAACCACAACGACAACUACGAUAACAACGACAACUACAAUGACUACGAGGACAACGACAAGUGCAAGAAGGGUGACUACAACGACCAGUCUGGCUGGGACUGCCACCACGAUUGGGAUGCCAACCGCUACGCUACUCCCACUCCCCGUGUCUUGGCUCGUGGCCAGCAGACCGAGAAGGCCCAGUCUCCCUACCCCCAGGUUACUGGUACCACCGCGCAGGUGAAUGGUAUCCAGCAGGGUGGUGAGCGCAACGGCGAACACCACGGCGAGGACAAGAACCAGGAGGACAAGAUCCUUAAGCCCACUGGUACCAUGGCUCAGUAA